AUGCAAUCUGUUUCCGGGGCUAGUAGUUCUGGUGGGGUAGAGGAAACUUCACCAGACAUGCUGAAGAAUUCACCAUCAAAUAUAAGAAGGUUGGCUCAUGAGAUUGAGCAGCAUGAUGGCAGGCAGAAGUAUCUUGCUCAGACAAGGAGUCCAUCGGACGGAGGGGACGUAAGGUGGUACUUUUGCAAAGUCCCUUUGGGAAUAAAUGAGCUAGCUGCAUCAGUCCCUCGAACAGAAAUCGUUGGAAAAGGUCAUUAUUUUCGUUUUGGUAUGAGGGAUUCUCUUGCUGUAGAAGCAUCUUUCUUGCAGAGAGAGGAGGAACUGCUUUCUAGUUGGUGGAAAGAGUAUGCAGAAUGCAGUGAAGGUCCAAGGGGGCAGCCUAGUAUCAGCUCUAAAGCAAGUCAACAUGAGAAAAAAUCAUGUCCAGAGAAAGCUCAAUCGGACCAACUAUAUUCGAUUGAAGAAGAGAGAGUUGGUGUCCCUGUGAAGGGAGGAUUAUAUGAGGUAGAUUUGAUCAAGAGACACUGUUUUCCUGUUUAUUGGAAUGGAGAGAAUCGACGCGUGUUACGAGGUCACUGGUUUGCCUGCAAAGGGGGUCUUGAUUGGCUUCCACUAAGGGAAGACGUUUCCGAGCAAUUGGAAUUUGCAUAUCGCAGUCAGGUUUGGCAUCGAAGAACCUUUCAACCAUCAGGUCUCUUUGCAGCUCGAGUUGAUUUGCAAGGCUCAACACCAGGACUACAUGCCCUUUUUACUGGGGAGGAUGAUACAUGGGAAGCUUCGUUAAUUGCUGAUGCUUCUGGUUUUGGCGAUGUCACAGGUGUUGGCAAGAAUGGCAUCAAGUUAAGACGUGGAUAUGCUCCAUCCCAAUCACCAAAACCAACACAGGAUGAAUUACGUCAGAAGCAGGAGGAGGAAAUGGAUGAUUACUGUUCACAGGUUCCUGUUCGACAUUUAGUGUUUAUGGUCCAUGGUAUUGGUCAAAGGUUGGAGAAAUCAAAUUUAGUUGAUGAUGUUGGAAAUUUUCGCCAUAUCACAGCGAACCUGGCUGAACGACACCUAACUCCACACCAGCAUAGCACUCAAAGAGUUCUCUUCAUUCCAUGUCAGUGGAGGAGGGAUUUAAAACUUAGUGGUGAAGCUGCAGUUGAAAAAAUCACUUUGGAUGGUGUUCGAGGGCUGCGUACUAUGUUAAGUGCUACAGUUCAUGAUGUCUUAUACUACAUGAGCCCUAUCUAUUGUCAGGCCAUCAUUGACUCGGUAUCAAACCAACUCAACAGAUUGUAUUUAAAGUUUCUUAAGAGGAAUCCUGGUUAUGAUGGAAAGGUUUCCUUAUAUGGUCACUCUUUGGGGAGUGUUCUAUCUUACGAUAUCCUUUGUCAUCAAGAGACUUUGUCUUCCCCUUUUCCAAUGGAGUGGAUGUACAAGGAACGUAAUAUGAACGAGACAUCUUACCCCAGUAGGACUAGUAAGAGCAUCAUGGACUCUGUAGAUAAAGAAAAUAUGAAUGAAGAGCCAUGUUUUCCAAACCUCGUGGAAGAACCUACUGAGGACUCCUGUAAUCCAGUGGGUCCCCCUUCAGAGUCGGAUAUAUCUACUACUACUGAUGUUGCCUCCCAGCAGCCAAAUGAUGCCUCAUCGUCAGAUGAAAAUAUUGAACCUUCUAUUGAUUGGAAUGACUCAGUUUCUCACGAAGGCGACGUGAUAAAUGAAUCAACAAGCACGAUAAGCCAUGUUGUAGAGUGUAGUGAAAAUAAAAUCGACAAGGAUGCUUCUGAUUGUGAUAAAGACAAGAUAAUUAAAUCGUGCAGCCAAGAGAUUGAAUUGCUAAAAGCCAAAAUUAAAGAAUAUGAAUCUAGAAGUGACAACAAAGGGAAUGGGGAGAAAAGAACAACCGUAACCAAUCAAUCUGAUUCUGAGAGGGUUCCAUCUGGGCAAAGUGAUUCCUUAAAGACUUAUACCCCUCAAAUAAGAUAUUCAAAGUUAGAAUUUAAGGUUGACACUUUUUUUGCUGUUGGCUCUCCUCUAGGCGUGUUUCUUGCCCUUCGCAACAUUCGUAUUGGGAUCGGCAAAGGAAAAGAGUAUUGGGAAGAUGAAAAUAUAAAUGAAGGGAUGCCAGCAUGUCGGCAAAUGUUCAAUAUCUUCCAUCCUUAUGAUCCUGUGGCAUAUAGAAUAGAACCACUAAUCUGUAAAGAGUUUAUACACAAACGUCCUGUCAUUAUUCCUUACCACAGAGGUGGGAAGCGGCUAUAUGUUGGAUAUCAAGAAUUUAAGGAAGGGUUGGCUUCACGUUCACAGGCUUUGAUGGAUCUGUUGAUCACAGUAAGGGUUAAAGUUCUUACACUCUGUGAAUCAAGAAACAAGGAAGGCCAGGAUGAGGAAUCAGAAAACAACCAAGAAAAAGAAGAGAGAUCAUAUGGCUCAGUUAUGAUGGAAAGACUAACAGGAAGUGAAGGUGGCCGAGUUGAUCAUGUUUUACAAGAUAAAACUUUUCGACAUCCCUACGUAUCUGCCAUCGGUUCACAUACGAACUAUUGGAGAGAUCACGAUACUGCUCUUUUUAUAUUAAAGCACUUGUAUCGGGAUAUACCGAAGGAUCCUGUCUCACAUAACGAGAAUCGAGAAGACAGCUUGAAAGAUGAGAGUAGUUUGGAAGGUUGGUCUAAUUGGAGGGAGGUGGCCAGUGAAGAACUCCCUUUAACCUUUGCCGACAAAGUUUUUAUAGAUAAUUUCUCCCAGAAAGUGAAGAACACGGUAAAACGAUAA